AUGGUUCGCACGUUCAGCGUUUUAGUGCGGACACUGCCACAGGAAGCCUGCGACGCUUACCUCACCACCGUCGUCGAACAGGAAGUCCAGCACACCGUGCUAAUGAGCGUGGAAGCGGCGCGUCGCUGUGUGUGGGUGUGGCGCGCGGGCGCGGGCGCGGCGGGCGCGGGGGCGGGGGACGCGGAGCCCGCCGACCACGCCCACCACAGCGAGCUGCAGCGCCGGCUGAACAACGUGCAGAAGGACCUUAAGGCGGGGGACGCGCUGGAGCCCGCUGACCACGCCCACCAUAGCGAGCUGCAGCGCCGGCUGAACAACGUGCAGAAGGACCUCAAGCUGCACCUAAGCGAGCGUAACAUAAUUCGCGCGAGCGUUCGCGGGCGAGCGGCGGCCGACGACGACUACACGGAGAGCGUUCGCGCGGCGCUCGGCGAGCGACUCGACGCGUUGCUCGACGCCCUUAUAGCGGACAAUGAGAUGCCGGCCGGGUAUAAUGGGAUACCUACUAGUUUAUUCGACGAGAUCAGCGAACACCUCUCGUUCUGCCAGAAAGCGGCGCAAUGUACUUCCAAUAGAGAAAUCACCUUGAACGAGCUCAAAUCGUAUAUAACAGGGGACAGUAACAUUCCCCUCGCCCUCAUAGGCGGCGCCGGCUGCGGGAAAGCCACGCUGGUGGCCCGGGCCGUCAGCCUCGCGCCGCAGUGCCAGCAGGAUCUGGCCGUCAUUGUCAGGUAA